AUAUCAAUUGUUCAUGUAUUUAAAAAAUGUUAUUACUACUUCCUUAUUUGUAAAUAAACAGAAUGAUCAAUUCAGUUUUAGCGCUUAACCUUUAAUAUAAUACAAGCAUUCACAUAACAAUGAAUUUUUCCCUUUGUCUCAAUUUCCAUGAUUAUAAAAAGAAAACAAAGAUUACUUUGAAAUGUAAUUUUCUUAUAAAUACACCAUUAAUUCACACGCUAUUAAGAAUUGACAACAGUCCAAUAUAUCCCAAUUUUUUUUCAAUUUUUUUCCUGUUAUUUCACCUUAUUUAAGUAUACACAGCGGGACUGUGAAAAAUAAAAUAAAAUAAAAUAUAAACAGUUUCGCUAGAAAGUAAUAAAAUAAACAAGUAAAAAUGGAUAACCAAUUACAAAUUUUGUCAAAAAAAAUUAGUGACCACCUAGGAGAAAUCUACAAAAAUAAGUGCAGAGUCGCCUCUCUUAUUUUUGUUCUGUUAUCAUUAAUAUCUUUCCUUACCAUGUUAAUUGGUAGUACAAAUGGCAGUGUAGAGUUAAAUAAAUUCACCUUUGAUGGGCCUAUCAGUAGUAUUCUUCAAAGGAAAAGUAUAACAUUCACUUUAUUAGGUUACUGCAUUGAUGAUAAAUGCACCAGUGAAGUAUCACAUAACUUUGAUAAAGGCCCAACUUCUAAUGAAAUUCAAUCCGGAGAAGUAAAAAAACGUGGCAUCGACAUUGAUCCAAGUGGUGUAGCGGAUAAAGUAGGCGAAGCUGCAAAUAACGCGGGUGAAAUUGCCAAAGAUGCUGGUGGAAAAGCAGGCGAAAUUGCUCAAGAUGCUGGUGGAAAAGCAGGCGAAAUUGCUCAAGAUGCUGGUGAAAAAGCAGGCGAAAUUGCUCAAGAUGCUAGUGAAAAAGCAGGCGAAAUUGCUCAAAAUAUUGGUAAAAAAGCCGCAACCGCUUUAUUAUCGGCCUUUGACAGUUUUCUUCCUAAAGAACCUACUAAUGUAUUUAAUGUGAUUGGUGCUUUUCCUGGUAUUGGAGAUAAUAAGACUGGUUCUGCUAUAUAUUUGUCCGGUUUCAGCUCUGUUUCCUUACUUAUUACUAUAAAUCUUAUAAUCAUUGAUAGUUGUAGAAGUAAAAAAAAUAAAUAGACAAAAUUACUAAAUAUAGAUAAACUUUAUUCUACUUGUUUAUUUAUCAUUGUAUAUUAAUAUAACAGGAAAAAAAUAAAAUAAAAUUUGGGAUAUAUAAUUAAACAUCAU